AUGUCGACCGCUCCUCUCUCCGGCUUCUUCCUCACCUCUCUUUCCCCGUCUCAAUCCUCUCUCCAAAAACUCUCUCUUCGUUCUUCUCCCACCGUCGCCUGCCUCCCUUCUUCCUCCUCCUCCUCCCGUUCCGUUCCAACCCUUAUCCGUAACGAGCCCGUUUUUGCUGCUCCUGCUCCUAUCAUCACCCCUUAUUGGAGCGAAGAGAUGGGAAGCGAAUCAUACCAAGAGGCCAUUGAAGCUCUCAAGAAGCUUCUCAUCGAGAAGGAAGAGCUAAAGACGGUUGCGGCGGCGAAGGUGGAGCAGAUCACGGCGGAGCUUCAGACAGGUACUUCGUCCGACAAGAAAGCUUUCGACCCCGUCGAAAACAUUAAGCAAGGCUUCAUCACUUUCAAGAAGGAGAAAUACGAAACCAACCCUGCUUUGUACGGUGAGCUCGCCAAGGGUCAAAGUCCCAAGUACAUGGUGUUUGCUUGUUCGGACUCACGUGUGUGUCCAUCGCACGUUCUCAACUUUCAGCCAGGAGAUGCUUUCGUAGUCCGUAACAUAGCCAACAUGGUUCCUGCUUUUGACAAGGUCAAAUACGGUGGAGUUGGAGCAGCCAUUGAAUACGCUGUCUUGCACCUUAAGGUGGAAAACAUUGUGGUGAUAGGGCACAGUGCAUGUGGUGGGAUCAAGGGGCUUAUGUCUUUCCCCUUAGAUGGAAACAACUCCACUGAUUUCAUAGAGGAUUGGGUCAAAAUUUGUUUACCAGCCAAAUCAAAGGUUCUCUCCGAACUUGGCGAUUCAGCAUUUGAAGACCAAUGUGGGCGAUGUGAAAGGGAGGCAGUGAAUGUUUCACUAGCAAAUCUUUUGACAUAUCCAUUUGUGAGAGAGGGACUUGUGAAGGGAACACUUGCUUUGAAGGGAGGCUACUAUGACUUUAUUAAGGGUGCUUUUGAGCUUUGGGGACUUGAGUUUGGCCUCUCCGAAACUAGCUCUGUUAAAGAUGUGGCUACCAUACUACAUUGGAAGCUGUAG